AUGGGUUUUAUGUCCAUGAAGCUUGACAUGUCCAAAGCUUACGACCGAGUCGAAUGGACCUAUUUAGAAAAAAUCAUGGAGAAAAUGGGAUUUAACCGCAAAUGGAUCAACCUAAUUGCUAUGUGUAUCCGGUCUGUGACGUAUUCAAUUAUGCUUAACGGUCAACCCCACGGCUUGAUUACUCCAACCAGGGGGCUGCGUCAAGGCGACCCAUUAUCGCCUUACCUUUUCCUGCUAGUGACGGAGGGUUUACAUGCUCUGUUUGAAGAAGCAAAGGACAGUGGAGAAAUAAGGGGUGUCUCCCUAUGCCCGAUGGGUCCGCGGAUUUCUCAUCUACUGUUUGCGGACGAUAGUUUAGUCUUUUGUAGAGCCACAGUUGCAGAAAGUGUAAAGAUCCAAUCCAUUCUCUACAGAUAUGAGCAUGCGUCUGGACAGUGCAUUAAUAGAGGCAAGACAAAUCUUUUUUUCAGUUCAAAUACACACCCGGAGGUUCAAGCAGCCAUAAAAGCUUUUCUGGGUUUACCGGUAACUUCAAGAUUUGAACAAUAUUUGGGAUUGCCGUCCUUGGUGGGCAGAUCAAAGAAGAAGUCCUUUAGCCUCAUCAAAGAAAGGAUUUGGAAGAAGUUGAAGGGGUGGAAAGAGAGGCUCUUAUCGCAGGCUGGCCGCGAAAUUCUUGUCAAGGCCGUUAUCCAAGCGAUCCCUAUCUUCACUAUGUCCUGUUUUAGGUUGCCAAAAGGCCUGAUCAGUGAAAUUGAGACCUUAAUAAGAAAAUUCUGGUGGGGUUAUAGAGGGGACCAAAAGAAGAUACAUUGGAUUAGUUGGGAAAAAUUAUGCCAACCCAAGAAAGAGGGUGGGAUGGGGUUCAAAGAGCUAAUCAAGUUCAAUGAUUCUAUGCUUGCAAAACAGAUUUGGAGACUCGAGAAUAAUGAGGGGUGUCUUUUCCAUGGAGUGUUUAAGGCCAAGUUCUUUCCCAACGGUUCGGUCUUUGAUUGUGAGGUUUCUACGAAGGGUUCUUACGCUUCGAAAAGCAUUGUACAGGCCAGGCAUGUUAUGGAUUUGGGCUCGGUGUGGAGAAUAGGAGACGGGAAAUCAGUUAAGAUCAGGGGAGAUAGGUGGCUCCCCCAGAAUACAGCCCCAAAAAUAGUGUCCCCAAUCUCUGUCUUGCCUCCCGGGUCAAUGGUUUGCGACCUCAUUAAUCAAGACGAGCAUCAGUGGAAAUCUGAUUUGAUCGCUCGUGAAUUUUUACCCCAUGAAGCCAACAUCAUAAAAGGCAUCCCCCUAAGUGACCGAAAUAUCCCAGAUAAACAGGUGUGGCAUGCCUCAACACAUGGAGUCUAUACAACUCGGUCUGCUUACAAGUUACUGGCUUUGGCGGAUAGGAAUAAUAUCCCAACAUGCUCUACAAACAGAAGAUCCAGUAAAUUUUGGCAGGGCAUCUGGAGUUUGCAAGUACCGUACAAGGUUCGUCACUUUAUUUGGAGAGCAGCAAAUGAAUCUCUUCCAACCUUGUACAAUCUGCAGAGAAGGAGGGUGGUUCAAACCGCUUACUGCCAAAAUUGUAAGGCUGCUUGUGAGGAUACAGUUCACGCAUUAUGGGGCUGUCACAGGCUGGUGGUGGUGUGGGAGAAGGACGCGGAGCUAAUGAAGUGUUCAAGAUUUAAGUGCUCUGUUUUUGCUGAUUUGCUGGAGUUGUUUUUCUCUCUAAGGGACCGAAAUACACUCUUCCAAAAAGACAGAGUUUAUGAAAGAACAGGAGACAGAUUUGAUCCCUACCCGGGAUUACUUAUCAACACAGAGACAGAAGAUCCAGUAAUCUGUGAUCCCUUAUGGUUAUCUGAAAUGCUUGAAGCAGGGUUUAUCAGAAAAUUGACCAUUACUUCGGCAAAUCAGAUCAGUGAUACUUACUUAUCACUGGAUGAUCCAGGUGCUUUGGCUCAAGAAUGGUCUAAUUUCAUGAGUAAUAAGAUUUAUGAAGAACAGAAAGAAUUAGAUAGAUGUUUUCAUUUAUAUGGCUACACCGACAGGAUAGUUGUGUAUGGCCCAAGACCUUCAGCAGGAAGGCUCAUUGGGAAAAGAAGGAUUGUUAAAGAUCCCAGAUUGAUGACAGCCAAAGAUCAUGUUCCUGUUUUCGUUCCUAUUUCAUAUUGUGCCCUAUGUAAUGAUUAUGGAGUGCUCCACGAGCAUGAGCAGUAUGAGGAUAACACUGAUCCGCUAGAUUAUGAUAACUACGCGGAUACAGAUUGA